UUUCACCUCCUGAACACAAACUGUUUGUCCCCGUUUCAGUGCGAGAGCGUCCAGCUGAUGCUGCAGGCUCUCGGGGGCCAGCGGGGGGCUCUGCGGCCUCAGCUGGAGGCUCUGGAGCAGGACGUGAGCCGGCUGGAGGAGUGGGCCUCCGGCCUGAAUGACAAACGAACUCAGCUCCAGACCAGCCAGACCUCGCUGAGAGAUGCCAUCGGGCAGAUCGAAGAGCGCACCUCCGCCAUCGCAACAGACUUCGCCAACAAGGUGGCGACAGUGAGGACCGAUGUGCGCAGGAUGCAAGGCCUGCGGUCCGAGCUGGAGUCUCUGCUGACUCAGGUGGCGGAGCUCGAGGACCAGGCCUCUCAGGUGGAGGACAGCAUGGUCAGACGCAUCGGGGAUGUGCUGACCGGCAGCAUCGACCGAGUGGCCGAUCUCCGAGCCGCGUGCGAACGCAACACUCUGGCCAUAGAGCAACUGCGCAGGCGCGUCCCCGAACUCGCCGCGGCGGACGAACAGACUUCUGAGCGCCUGCGGGAGCUGGAGAGCGGCAGAGCGCGCCUCAUAAGAACCGUGACGUUCGCCAGCGACCUGAAGCCCAAAGUGGCCGCCAUCAAGAGGGACUUCGGGGCCUUCGAGCCGCAGCUGGCGGACCUCACGCUGCGCAUAGGGAGGCUCGCGGAGGAGCUCACGAGGAGAGAGCGCGAGGUCGCCGAGCUCAGACAGACACUGGCGAACCUCACCGCGGUGGAGGCGGAUUUAAACGUGACGGCGCAACAGGUGAGCGAUAUGGCGGAUGUGUUGUGAGCCUCGAGGUCAGAGGUCAACGCUGUCGAGGGAUUACUGAAAUAAAUCUGUUUAUGACACUAAACGUU